UCAUAGUGAAAGAAUGGCUGAGAUUUGACUUCAUUCACAACCACAACUGAGAGCUAUUUUUGGAAGAUAAAAGGAGCGAAGGGCAGCUGUUUUAUUUCACAUUGCAUACGUUUCAACAAUCUCUAAGGAGAUUCUGAGUAUUUAAAACAUUGAUGUAGUUGAACUAUCAACUCCCUCUUUUUCCGAGAAAGUGUGACAUUUGUUUUCCCGAGAAAGUGUUACGAAGUUCUUUGUGCGGUGAGGGAUGUUUUGCCGCUGAGAUCGUUAAGAUUUCCAUAUUUAUUGAAAGCGCAUUUGAUAGUUUGAUUAUUGGUGUUGUGUGCAGAGAAACAAAAGAUCAAAAGUUUCCUUUUGCUUUUGUGCUUUGAUUGAAGUCACAGAGAGAACAUGAGUUCAAGGUUGCGGUGGAAUUUUAUUGCUACAGCUCUCCUUGGAAUUCUCUUCCUUCUUGAUUCUUGUUUCUCAGAGAACGCUCCAUAUCCCACGUUCGCCCGCGAUGCAACACUGGCACCCGCAGAGAUAUUCUACGAUUACAUCAUCAUAGGCGGAGGAACCGCGGGCUGUGCUCUCGCGGCUACUCUCUCACAAGGCGCAAAUGUUUUAGUGCUGGAGCGAGGCGGUUUGCCCUACGGAAACCCUGCCAUCAACAACAUGGACUCUUUCGCUGAGACUCUGGCCAACAUAUCUCCAUCGUCCCCUUCCCAACCCUUCAUCUCCACUGACGGUGUCAGUAACGCUAGAGCCCGGGUGUUGGGUGGCGGAACUUGUUUAAACGCCGGGUUCUACACCCGGGCUAGCACCGCCUACGUGGGGCGAGUGGGUUGGGACCAAAAAUUGGUGAAUGAUUCGUAUGAGUGGGUGGAAAAUAAGGUGGUGUUCCGGCCACCAAUGUUGGAGUGGCAAUCGGCGGUGAGAGAUGGGUUGCUUGAAGUGGGUAUGCUGCCGGACAAUGGGUUCACAUAUGAUCAUAUAUAUGGGACUAAGGUUGGUGGGACAAUAUUUGAUCAAGAUGGUCACAGACACACUGCUGCUGAUUUGUUGGAAUAUGCUGAUCCAACAAAGAUUACUGUUUAUUUGAAUGCCGUAGUACACCAGAUCUUCUUCGGAACAACAGCAGGACAAGCAAAGCCAAAAGCUGAGGGUGUGGCAUUUAGAGAUGCAAAUGGAAAGAUGCAUAGAGCAUACCUAAACAAGGGUUCUUCCAUGAAUGAAAUUAUAUUAUCAGCAGGAGCACUUGGGAGUCCACAACUGCUGAUGUUGAGUGGUAUUGGGCCCCAGCAACAUCUCAUGGCCCAUGGAAUAAAGGUGCUGAUGGACCAGCCCAUGGUUGGUCAAGGAAUGGCUGAUAAUCCAAUGAAUGCAGUAUUCAUUCCAGCUCCUACGGCCCUUGCUGUCUCACUCAUUCAAGUUGUAGGGAUUCCCCAGUCCGACAGCUACUACAUUGAGACAGCUAGUGGUUCCUUCUUUGGCUCUACUAUUCCUCAAAUGUUUGCAAAUCAGAUGAGACACAACUCCACAGCGCUUGCUAAUAAAAUCAGCAACUCAUUUCUAAACCCAGCUUCUCACAUUGGAGUCCUGCUAGAAAAGAUAGCGGGUCCAUUCUCAACGGGCCAUUUGGAGCUCAAAACCAGUGAUCCAAAUGACAACCCGAAAGUAACCUUCAACUACUUCAAAGACCCCAAAGAUCUGCAGAGGUGUGUUGAAGGCAUGACAACCAUCACUCAGAUCAUAGAAUCAAGUGCUUUAUCGAAGUUCAAUUCAUUGCCGGCAGAAAAUCUUCUUGGGUUGAUGCUGACAUUGCCGGUGAACUUGAGACCUAAACACCUGCGUGCAGCAUUGUCGUUGGAACAGUUUUGCAUAGACACUGUAAUGACCAUUUGGCAUUAUCAUGGAGGUUGCCAAGUUGGGAGGGUGGUGGAUAGUGAUUAUAAAGUGCUCGGCGUAGACGCAUUGCGUGUUAUUGAUGGUUCUACCUUAUAUGACUCUCCCGGAACUAAUCCUCAGGCUACUGUUAUGAUGCUUGGAAGGUAUAUGGGACAAAGAAUUCUGCAUGAGAGAUUUCCAAAUGGGAAGAAGUAGAAAAUGAUACUAAUUACUUUCUUUGUUUUCAAUCAUGAUGUGUUUUUAGUAACUUUACGAUGUGUUUUUAGUAACUUUAUGAAUUUAUUUGUGAUCGAUCUUGUCUAAUAUAUAAAAUAAAGAGAGUUUAUAAUUUGCAA